UAUCGAUGUCUUGCCAGCAGUCAUUAAACAUUCUCAUUUCGGGCUGUGGGAUUGCAGCCCCUGUCCUCGCAUACUGGCUCUUACGUGCCAACCCUUUAAACACCAUAACCAUACUGGAUCGAGACCCAGAGAUACGACUCACCGGUGCCAGUGUGGAUAUACGUUCCUCGGCUGUAGAUAUCAUUAAAUGGAUGGCAGUCGAGGAGGAGAUACGCAAACACACCACCAAUGAAGAGGGCAUUCAAUGGAUCGACGCCACUGGGAAGCCGAUUGCGACAAUGAGGGCAACUGGUAGAACAGACAUCCAAAGUUUCACCAGCGAAUUUGAGAUUUUCAGAGGAGAACUCGCUAAAAUCUUCCUCGUCACGGUUCUCGACAGGGUGAACGUGAUUUAUAACGAGACGGUUGAAAAAUACCAGGAACUAGAAGAUGGCGUCGAAGUCACGCUCACCAUGAGCAAAAAUAUGGUCAGAUAUGAUGUCCUUGUUGCCGCUGAUGGAUUUGGCUCAAAAAUACGAGGGAUGAUGCUAAACGCGCCUUCGAGGGAUCAGGUCUUCGACGAGGGCGUGCACAUUGCCUAUUUCACACUCAAGAAAGACUUGCUACAAGGAGGCAAGUAUGCUAAGUGGUAUAGCACAACAGGAGGACGAUGCGUCCUCGUACGGCCCGAUCCCAGUCCCGAGGGAAGGACACGAGCAAAUCUGAUGACAGUUACAACGAAAAAGGACGUGGGAACGAAGAAGAGACUAAAUGACGCGUUGGCAAAGGGUAACAACGCGUUCAUGGACGUCAUGAGCGACAUGUAUAAGGAUGUCGGUUGGCUCACGCCUGAGAUAUUGAAGGGCAUGCGCGAGAGCGACGACUUCUAUUGCUCCCUUUUCGGGCAAAUCCGCUCUCCACAUCUUUGCACCAAACGAGUGGUCCUCCUUGGCGAUGCGGGCUACGCAACACCGGGGAUAGGCACGUCUCUCGCUAUAAUCGGUGCCUAUGUGCUCGCUGGCGAACUGGCGACCACUCCGGACCACAUUCCCGCCGCGUUAAAGCGAUACGAAGCGUUAAUGCAGCCCUUUGUGAAGUCUCACCAAGGAGGUGUGGGCGAAAUCGCCAUGCAACUUAUGGUCCCCCAGACAAGGCUGGCAAUCAGCAUUCGGAACGCCUUUCUCUUCACAUUCAUGGGACUGAAGCUUGACAGGGUCGUCAUGAGGGCUGCAGCUUGGAUGGGCUUUUCGGAGAAGAAACUCGCUAUGCCUGAUUAUCCGUGGACUAAGAACGAAGGAUAGAUCUGGGUUCAGGAAUUUCGUGCCCUGUAUCAAC